AUGGAAUUGAAGGGCAUUGUCAAUCUGCCUCUGGAGAUUAUCUUCGAGAUCUUCGCCGUCCUUCCCCUCGAACACCUCUUCCACCUCUCCCGGGUUAACAAGGCGUUCCACGAGCUUUUGCAUGACCCGGCCGCGGCGUCGUUCUGGAAGGCCGCGUGGUCUAGAGCGGAAAGGCUGCCCGCGCUUCCCCCUCAUCUCAGCAUCCCCUCGUACGCCAGCCUUCUGUUCUCCACCGAUUGUCGCGCGUGCGGCAUUUCCGGAAACUUUGCAGUCCUGACAGGACUGUUUACGAGAUAUUGUGAUGAGUGCAUGGAGAUUCGUCUUGUCAUGAAGGACAGCUACGAUUUCAAAGUUCCUGGUGGAAGGAGUUGUGUUAAUUCCAAUCAUCUCAACGAUCGUUACUGGAAGCAAUGGAUGCUGCUCCCGGAAGCCGAGUAUGUUCAGCGACGAUGGGAAGCACUGAACAGCGAGAAGGAGAAGCAGGACUACCUCGCCGAACGCACGGAAUUUGUCUUGCAAUGCUUGAAGCUCGCGUGGCCCCUCCAGCACUGGUUUGAUACCGCGGAACAACGCAGAGUGGCAGCUUUACAUGCUCUGAAGGUCGAACGAUUAAAUGGUGUCAAGCAACGUCUUCGCGCGGAAGGAUGGGAAGUCGCCGACCUCAAUGGGUGCGGCCUCGAGCUGAUCCGGGACGUCUACAAACCGGAAUGGUUCAUCGGCGAGAGAGGUUUGGAAGCCGUCAAUGCUGCUCAUGACGGACCUUACAACUCACCACUUACAGAAUGGCAGGCAAUCCACACGGAUGCGGUGAAAAUCCUGGAAGCUCAUCGUAUAAAGCGCCUUCAAGAUGAAGAGGACAGGCGGAUCCAGAGCAACCUCACUCGUCUGAGAAGUAUCAUCGAACGCUACCAGCGUUCAUUUUUUGCUCCUGGAGCCGGUCUGGGGUAUUUCCCAACCGUUUUUGAAGUUGCCACCAUGCCCGCUAUCCAACCCUUUGUGGAGCAAAAUCCGCUAUUCGACGUGGGCGAUCCGGCCGCAGAGCAAGAAGUGGCAGCGCUUCUGCCAGGUCUAAACCAGGAACUGACGGCUGGUGCUACGCACACCCUCGCAGCGAUGGUUCGCGAAGCCCUGGGCACCAACACAGCAUCGCUCUCGGACACGGAUAUUCUAGAGCUCGCAACCUCCUACUUCCAGUGCCUCACUUGCGGGCAAGGCCAUCUUCUCCGUUGGAGGCAGCUGUUUCGUCAUAGCUGUUCGAAACGCACAGGCCACUACUCCACCUGGGGCCGGAACGAUUACAAGGCCGCGGUGGCCCGGCACGCCUUCCGCUUUUCCAACGGCCGCUCUGUGCGCGUCAACUUCGUGCGAGGCGUCGCAAGCCGUCGUGCCAUCGUCGCAAGCUGCGGGUUCGACCCCGACCGCGCGACGUUCACGGACAUGGACACUUGCGGGGUCCGCCUGCGCUGCCUGCGCUGCCGGUCGUACCCAGAGAAGCAGGUGGUGCUCGACUGGGAGGGUGCGAUCCUGCACGAUGCCUCUCGGCAUGGCGGGUGCCCGAAGAAAGCGGCGUCGCACUGGGAGCGCAUCGCGGACGAAAAUGCGGCGCGGGUGUGUGAACUGCAAGACGCUCUUCGGUGCGAGCCCGCUGAGACCGACCGUGGCACCUGCUCGUGGUGCGGCUGCCAUACGUAUCGAAACCCGAAGAGCUGGCACAACGACGACGAUCUGAUGACAAUAAGCGUGGUUGAAGAUCACCUUCGGGAUCGACACAAGAAGGUGGACGCAGAAGAGGGAGUGGACUACGUGGUCGACUGGGCGCCGAGACAGGCGAUCACUAUAUUCAAGCCGUCACUCAAGGAAAAUAAGACUGCCACAAGCAAGGUCAAGGCGGGACUGGGGUUCUUCGCUGAUUUCUGA